GGCCGGCCCAGGGAACGAGCAGAAAUGCCGGGCGGCCAGGGUUAUCGCGCGCGGACGCGCGAUUCUUUCUCUCGCGGCUUCAGGCAGAAGGGCUUCAUCCCCCUCAGCACCUACCUCACAAAUUACAAGCUGGGUGACUAUGUGGACAUCAAGGUCAACAGCGCAGUGCACAAGGGCAUGCCCCACAAGUUCUACCACGGCAAGACCGGCCGCGUGUGGAACGUGACCAAGCGCGCCAUUGGCGUCGAGCUGCUGAAGCAGGUGAACGGGCGGUACAUCAAGAAGCGCAUCCAUGUGCGCAUCGAGCACGUGACCCCCAGCCGCUGCCACGAGGAGUUCCUGCGCCGCUGCAAGGAGAACGACGAGGCGCGGCACGCGGCCAAGGUGGCGGGCACCCCCGCGCCGCCCAUGAAGCGCCAGCCCAAGGGCCCCCGCACCCAGGGCUUCACGCUGGAGAACGUGCGCAUGGAGACCAUCACCGCCAUCCCGUACGACAUCCUCAAGGAGGGCGUGCUGUGAGCGGGACCACCCCCAUGGCGGCGCGGCGGCGGCAGUCGGGAUGUUCAGCAUCCCCUUUGCUUUGCCCUGUUUAGCGCUCACGGUUGCCUGUUUAGGAUGCCAGGUGUAACGUGAACGCUCAUA